AUGGAGGACCCACCCUGGAAGAAGCUCAAGCUAUCGCUCGAGCGCCCCUACAAGGACGACAACGGCGAGCCAUUGCUGGAGUUGCUUGAUAUCACCCCCGACGGGCAACACAUUUACCUUCCGCGUGAAGACCCUACAGCAGCUGUUGGGACCAAAUUUAGGCGUAUAUUCAGAGAGCGCGGUUUGGACUACUUCGACGCGGAGAAGGGCUCGCGGGGAGCCGCAUCUGCUGCGGAGUUAGCAUCCGCGAAGGACGAAGAGCUGUCGAAGGAUGAGGAUGCCGUAGAGCCGUCUCACCAUAUGACCCCGGAGGAGUUGUUCAAGAUGCGAGGUGAACUGAUGGCCCAGCUCUACACUGCGCAAGGAGAGAUGUCCCAAGCUAGGGAUAUGCUCGCUCUCUUGCUUGCUUCGUCGCCCCCUGCCGAGCAACAGUCGACCCUACCACCCAACCCCCUUGCUGCGACCCAAGUAACAAAACCUUCGCCAUUAGCCUCGGUGCAAGCAUUCAAUGCCCAAUUAACCAUCGGCGGCAAGGACAAAUCGCUCCGGCAGGCUGCGGAUCUGUUCAAGGAUGCGGCGGAAAAGAUGGAACAAAGCAGGCAGUCCGGAGAGAAGUACUGGAUGGACGCACUGAAGAUCCGCCGAUGCAACUGGGGGCUCAUACCAGCCCCCUUGCCUCUCGGGUCCGCCACUGGCAAAGGGGCCGAAAAAACUGCGAAGGAUUUUUUGAUUUCGUUUGGACUCGAAGAAUCGCCAACCACAUUUCGCCAGCGAGCCAUUGGACGCAUGUCUGCAUUCGAUGCCGACAAGGCAGUAGAGUUCCCGCUACGUCAGCGAACUCGUUUGCGUGUGUCGAUGACUAGAACAGCCCAGGACGGCACCAGGCUAACAACAUACAAUAGACUCCUCGAACCAGACAACGGUUCAUUGGACGGGGCCCUGCGAGCCGCCCAAACCGAGGUCGUCGAGCAGGAAAUCUUCGCCGCAUUAAUUAGAGAGGCGAGCAGCCUGCCUACGGCAUCGGCGGAGGUGUCGGAGCGCCUCAUUGUCAUCGAAGCAGCACAGACCACGGAGCUGCGAUUCGAGCUGGUCGAUGGCGACAGCCUAUACGUCUCCAACGACAAUAUUGACCCACAAUGCGACCUCGUCUACUCUCUCCUCUUCGUCCUCCUCUCCCGUGCCCAUCGCAUCUCCAAAUCCGCCCGCCUCGCUCGCUCAAGCAUUGCCCCCGUCGCUCCCACCUCGCCGCCGCCGAUUCUGCAACCGAUCAUCGACGUGCUCCAGUACCGCGAGUUCUGGGAACGCGUGCGCGACGAGAUCGACCGCGUCGUCGACGCCCUCCGCCACGCUGGAGUUACAACCAAGGUCCACUACGACCCCGUUGCUGACGGCGGGGCAGCGCUCGCUCAAUCGUUCAUCAGCGAGAAGCCAGCACCAGUCAGCGGCUCUGCGAUUCUCCGCAUAGAUGGCAGGCAUACGCUAAGGUUCACUAUGGCUUCGCCAUCCACUCUCGUCGUCCACCUUCCGCAAGCGACGCUGCCCAUCGCUUCAGUCACGCAGCUCGUGCAAUUGCUCGCCGAUGAAAUCAGCAGUCGCCUCCUCAAUCGCAUAUGCGAAAUUGGCACCGAGUUGUGUGAACGGGUUAACGGAACCUGGUUCGUUGAUCUACUCAGUGGCCGGAGUGUUGGGAGGUGGCAAGGAUGCACUCUGUAA